UGCCUACCUAUUUUUCUAGUGGAGUGGGUCGAACUUCACGGAGCCUGACGGUAGCCCGCCAUAAACAGUUCUAUUCCCAAGUCUUAACAUGCAAGUAUCCAACCAGAAACCAUUACUAUUCCUCUUCAGCAAAAAUAAACAAUAAAAAUUAAACUCUCAUAUAGAAGUAUAUUCAUACUAAGAUUGAACUCACGAAUUACUCAAAUUUUCUGCAUCAAUGGAAUUUGGCAAAAAAGUAUCAAUUCAACGUUUGGAAGCCGAAACCGAAAGCGAAAGCGAAAGGGAAAUUGAGCAAUUAACUAAGGAAUUUCAUAAUACUGAAGAGAUGGAUGACCUAGAUCAAGUAGACUUUGCAAUUGUUCGUGCUCUUGUUGCAAAUGGGAUCUCAUACAGCGUGCUUCAAAAUCCAGAUUUUCUUAAGAUGGUUAUAGCAAUUAAUAAUGCUCCAAAAGGUUACAAGCCUCCCUCAAUUGAUCGAGCACGAACCUCUUUCUCUAGGAUUCAGAGAGAGGGUCCAACUCCAGCUCUAGUUAAAGCUGAGGUACCAUGGUCGGUGAGAAGAGGCAGUCUAGAGAAACAUCGUGUAUUGAAGACUGUUAAUGAUAUUAUCAACAAGCUUACACCUGAGAAGUAUGAUCUUCUCAAACGUCAAUUGAUUGUUUCUAUUUCUGGUAUUACAUCAGCUGGGAUCCUGAAGGGUGUUACUUCUUUGAUCUUUGACAAAGCUGUCCUUGAACCUACAUUCUUCCCUAUGUAUGCUCAGUUAUGUUCUGAUUUGAACGAAAAGCUACCUCCAUUUCCACCAGAGGAAGCUGGAGGAAAAGAAAUCACUUUCAAGCGUGUUCUUUUGAACAAUUGCCAAGAGGCAUUUGAAGGUGCUGACAAUUUAAGAGCUGAACUGAGACAGAUGACAAACCCAGACCAAGAAGCUGAACGUCGAGAUAAAGAAAGAAUGCUUAAGCUCCGUGCUCAUGGGAACAUACGGCUUAUUGGUGAACUUUUGAAGCAGAAAAUGGUUCCUGAAAAGAUUGUGCAUCAUAUUGCGCAGGAGCUAUUAGGUCCUGACAUUAAAAUCUGCCCAGCAGAGGAGAAUGUUGAGGCCAUUUGUCAGUUCUUUAACACUAUUGGUAAGCAGCUUGAUGAUAACACCAGAUCACGCCGUAUAAAUGAUAUGUAUAUGAGUCGGUUGGAGGAAUUGAGCUCAAAUAGUCAACUUGCCCCCCAUCUGCGGUUCAUGGUUCGCGAUGUUCUUGAUUUGCGGACCAACAAUUGGGUUCCUAAACAAAUAAACACACAUAAACCGACCGAAACCAUCCAUCAUUCCAUUAUUUUAACAGAGAAAUUAAACAAUGGGAACUACACCAAGUGGUCCAAAUUGAUGUAUCUAGCAAUCAGUGGGCAAGGUAGGCUCAACCACAUCAUCGCCUUCCCACCAAACACUGAAGAUCCAGAAUACACCACAUGGGCUAAGCGAGAUUCAAUUGUAAUCUCAUGGAUAAUAGAAAAUAUAGGUUCUGAUUUAGUAAAUCAGUUUCUAGAUUAUCCCACAGCAUUCGAGUUAUGGAGAAGAAUAGAAGCCAUGUUUAGUAGCGGAAGAGAUGGUUUACAUAUUUUCGAUUUAACGGUUAAAGCCAAUAAAAUUCAGCAAGGAGCGGAGCAAAUUGAGGUAUAUUUCAGUAAACUUGUCUCCAUUUGGAAAGAAAUAGAUCGAAGACUCCCAAACCCCAUGAUUUGCCCGGAAGAUAAAACCAUUUUCAACAAAAUAAAUCAACAAAACCGGCUAUAUCAAUUUCUUGCCGGACUUGAAGAAUCUUUUGAUAAAGAUAGAAGGUAUUUACUUAAUCAAGAUCCAUUACCUACCGCAGAGCAAGCCUAUGCAACCAUCCGAAGGAAAAUCUCACGCCGGGGCAUCAUGAGAAGUGAAAAAUCCUCGUCAGAUUAUGAAUCAUUGGGCAUAGAGACCGGUUUAUCCACAAGAGGAAAACCCACAAAAUCAGAUUAUAGGCGACAAGAUGAGCAGAGUAAACUAAGGUGUACUCGCUGUGGGAAAGCAAGGCACAUUAAAGAAGAGUGUUUUGAAAUUGUUGGGUACCCUGAGUGGUGGGCGGAUUCAAAGAAAAAAGAGAAACAAGAACAAAAAACUCAAGCAUUUCUAAGCCAUGGAAAAACAGUGAGAAGAAGAAGAAAAUGUCAGAAAAAUAUUACGGAGAAACGGACAAAUGGGAGCAAGAGAGGUGAGGUGCAACUCAAUGAUAAAUCACAGUAUUACACCCAUAUGGAGAGAGAUUUAAUAGGGUGAUAUUUUUUGUUGGGUUAUUUCCACUUAGAGAAAGAGUCCACUUAAUAAUAUAAUAUGGGCUUUAAUAUUAGUUAUGGGCUAAUAUAUUAAUUAAAAUAAAAAAAAAAGGGAACUAUAAAAACAAAAAAGGGUGGUAAGUUUGGAAUGACAUAAGUCACGCACAAAAAACAGAAAUCAAGAAUAUUUAUUGAGAGGCAGGCGCACAAAGGGGUUUUACAUGGCAUUGCGUGGAUUCAAUCAAAGGCCAUUUAUAUUUUAUUUUGCGUUAAAUUUUAAUACGGUGUUCCUGUCUAUCCAAUCUAUAUAUUCAGCGAUUGGAUUGUCAUUUUGUGCAUUAUAAGUGGGUAAUUUAUAUUUGCCCUAAUUUACCCUAAUUGUUAUUUUAUCACUUUUGAGUGAUGUUUUAGGGUUGUUUGGUGUUUGUAUUGCCUCUAGUAUUGUUUAGAGAAGAUUGUGGUUGUAUCCAUUAAUUUUAUUGGUGAUUAGUAGAAGAGUUUGGUACCACUUAUGAUCCCGUGGUUUUUUCCCAUUGGGUUUUUUUCCCAUUGGGUUUUCAUGUAAAAUAUCGUUUGUGCUUUACUUUUUGUAUUUUUACUUUAUUGUGCUUGAUUGUGGGAUUAUUAUUGUUUUUGUUCAUGUGCGUUAUAUUGCCACUUUGCUCAAUAUUUUUAAAUUAUAAUUUAUCUUUUUGUGUUUUAUGGUGAUUUACAAAUCACAGUGAUUGAUUAGGAUUUUCUAAAGAGGUGAGACAUGACACCUUUGUUGAGGGACA